AGCGCCUGUGAAGAAUAAAUAAGGGCAGGGAAACCGAACCGCAAUGGGACAAGUCAUAUUUCUGUCCAAUUAGGCCUAAAAAUAACCUAAAAAUGACUUUUACCCUUGACGGAGAGACAUUACUGACUUUUUAAUGGGCUUUGGCGCAUUCAUUGGCAACUGAAAGGGACUGAGAAAGUUUAGACUGAAACGAACUUCAGGAACAUUCAGCCGAACUGUCAUGGAAGAUUUCGGGUCGGCGCUGGAGAAGAACGUGGCGGAUCUGACCGUCAUGGACGUGUAUGACAUCGCCGCGGUGGUGGGCCAGGAGUUCGAGCGCAUUAUCGAUCAGUAUGGAUGCGAGGCUCUGUCCCGGCUCAUGCCCAAAGUGGUCCGGGUGCUGGAGAUACUGGAGGUGCUGGUGAGCCGGAACAGCAUCAGUCCCGAGACCGAGGAUCUGCGACUGGAACUGGACCGGCUCCGACUCGAGCGGAUGGACCGGCUGGAGAAGGAGAGGAAACAUAAAAAGGACCUGGAGUUGGUGGAGGAUGUGUGGAGAGGUGAAGCUCAGGAUUUGUUGUCUCAGAUUGCUCAGCUGCAAGAAGAAAACAAAACGCUGCUCAACAACCUGUCCAUCAAAGAGUGUCCGAUGACAGAAGAGGACAUACAGAAACAGGAAGGUAUGACCGAGAGGGAACGGCAGGUGAUGAAAAAGCUGAAGGAAGUUGUAGAUAAACAGAGGGACGAGAUCCGCGCCAAAGACCGAGAGUUGACGCUCAAAAAUGAGGACAUUGAAGCACUCCAGCAGCAGUUGAACAGGCUGAUGAAGAUCAACCACGACCUGCGGCAUAAGAUCACGGUGGUGGAGGCUCAGGGGAAAGCUCUGAUUGAGCAGAAGGUGGAGCUGGAGGCGUUCGGUCAGGCAAGACAACAGGAAAUGGGUAACCUACGACAGGAAAUGUCUCGUCUUAAAGAGCGACUUAAAGAGCAGGGGAAGACCAGUACUGAGACAGAGCAACCUACAGGACCGCCAUCACCUGCACAGGAUUUAGCUUCUGAGCUCCUCGCGGGGGGCAUGGAGAUAGAGGAAGGGCCCCUCCAUCUCAUCCCUAGCACAGGGAGCCAAGGAGCCUCUACAGAUGAGAGUGAGGAUGACAAGGAUGAUGAAGAGGCUGCGUUUUUAUUGGAGGCUCUGUGUGAUGAGGAAAUGUCCGCUAUAGAUUCAAAAGACCCGAAUUGCCCACGAUUCACCCUGCAAGAGCUGCGUGACGUCCUGCAUGAGAGGAAUGAACUAAAAGCUAAAGUAUUCAUGCUGCAAGAGGAAAUCGCGUAUUACAAAAGUGAAGAACAGGAGGAGGAAACAGGCCCGCCCAUGUCCGACCCGUCGCCCACUCUCAGACCAAGCUCCCGCUCCAACUUUCAGCCUGAGUCGGGCAUAAAACGACUGUUUAGCUUCUUUUCCCGGGACAAAACCCGAGGCUCGCAGAGGAGGGUGGCGCAGAUGGGCGAAGGCUUUGGUUCAUGGGCGGGGAAAGAUGACGUGUACACAGAGCAAGCCCAGGAGGCAUUACAACACAUGUAAUGAACACAAACACUCCACUAAAUGCUAACCUGCACCAUGUGACUAUAUGCCACGAUUACGCUCCCUUUCAUGGUCAACUUUCACAGCACAACAUCUGCAAGCAGACGAGACAUGCAGGAACACAGAGGAUGGGGCAGUUAAGAGUUACUGAUAGAUCUCGCCCCUUAUCUUCACCCAAAGAUACUGCUAGGGAAUUUUUUAUGUGCCUAUUUUGUUAGAUAGAUAUUUUGGUAUUGCGAACUACAAGUUACUAUAAGUAGAGAACGCUGAAAAAUAGAUUUCAGACAGUAUUGUGAUGACGUUUUUAAAGAGAAGAUGCCUUCGAUAGAUAAGAUAAAUAUCUACUUUUAAUUCAAAUUGAAUUAUGAAUGAGACAAUGCCUAGUAACCAUGAAUAUGCAUGUGACUGAAGAAAUAAGUCAAUAAGAUUUUAAUUUUCGAAAACUGUGCCCAAGCCGGAGAGAUAUUAUGAACUUUGGAAUUGCACAGUAGGUUAUUUUGGUGCACUGAAAUGUUUUUAAAGGAUUGUUAUGGGUUCAAAACAAGUCAAGUUCAUUGACAGCAUCAUUUGCAUGCUGUUAAUUAACACAGAUAAUAAGUUAGACUCAUCCCUCAGUUUAUAAAAAUACACAGACAUUGCAUUUACAGUAAUGCACUUACAAUGGAAGUCAGUGGGGCAAGUGUACCAAAGGGGUUAAAAGCAAAAAUGAGCACAUCAUAAUUUUGUUAAAGCACUUAUAUUAAUUCCUCCAUGCAAAAAUGUGUUUUAUUUGAGCUGUAAAGUUGUUUACAUCGUCCUUUUAGAGGUGGGACGAAUGAACAUCUGGUUAUGCAUUACUAACAUAAUAAUAAACAGUAACUUUCUGGUAUUCUUGGGCGUAUUGUGUGAAUGUUAGAGUUGAGAAAUUGGAUAUAACUUGUCUCAGACAAGGGUAGGAAGUUAUUUUAUCACACUUGUCUCAUGUUAACACGUAUAAUGUUUAAGUCUUAUGCCUAUAUUUUUGAAACGUGUUUUUUUAAAGGAAUAUUCCGGGUUCAAUACAAGUUAAGCUCAAUUGACAGCAUUUGUGGCAUAAUGUUGAAGUUACAGUGAGACACUUACAAUGGAAGUCAAUGGGGCCAAUUUUUGGAGGGUUCAAAUGCAGAAAAGUGAAGCUUAUAAUUUUAUAAAAGCACUUACUGUACAUUGAUUCUUCUGUUAAAACUCAUGUAUUAUUUGAGCUGUAAAGUUGAUUAAAUCUUUGUAUUUUUACGGUCGUUGUAGGGUUUACAGUGUUACGUCAUCAUGGUAACGAAGUUGUAAAAUUGAAUAGAACUUACUUUACACGGAAAAGGUUAGUAAGUGAUUUUAUCACAUUAAAAUUAUGUUAACACGUAUUGUUUACUUCUUGUGGCAAUACUUUUGAAAAAGUGAGUAUUUUGAUGUUUAUGGAUUGGCCCCAUUCACUUCCAUUGUAAGUGCCUCACUGUAACCCAGAUAUUUGCUUUUCUUUAAAGAAAAAGAGGGAUGAAUCAAAAUAAUUUUUUUGUUGUAAUCAACAUUAUGCCACAAAUGUUGUCGAUUGAGCUUAACUUGUAUUGCACCCGGAAUAUUCCUUUAACAUUUAUCCUAGUGCAAUGCAUUACUCCAUUGACCUCCAUUGUAAGUGCAUUACUGUAAAUGCAGUUUUACAAACUUCGUACGAGUCCAAAUUAUUGUCUGCUGUCCAUAGAGCUUAACUUGUAUUGAACUCCAAACAUUACUUUAAAAUAAUAAUAAUAAUAAUAAUAAUAGUAAUAACUUUAUAUGUAUUAUGUGUUUCUGCAGUGCAUUAAUGCAGAACAAUAUAAAUAAUCCGUAGCUUACUACUGGUAUCUGUCUAAAGUAUCAGUCACAUAUUCAAAUGUCAUUCACCAGCUGUUUGCAUUGCUUGAAUGGUAUUUUCACUGGCAAUAAUAGAACUGAGUACAAGCAUGAAAAUGCUUAACUUUGAUAAAGUGUUUGUUAAAGCAGCUUUGUAAGAUAGAAAUACAUGCCUGUAGGCCUGACUUCAAUUGUUGAACAACUAGUACACCACUCAAUAUGAUGGCAAACUCCAGAAUUGAAAAAAGAAACUGUAUAAGAGUGAAAGAAACUACCACACAUGGGUUUCCAGUAACAUUUUACUGUUAAAGAAAAACGUACUGGAUCCAAUGUAUCACUAUGAAAGAUUAUAUAUAACAACUCAUCUCAUUGUGUAUUAAAAUAUUUUAUACCAUG